AUGAAGCUCCUCAACACAACCACCCUCCAGCUUGAGCAGUUUCCAAGGAGAAACAAUGAUGGGACGGUAACCCCCGUUCCCAAAUACGCCAUCCUGUCGCAUACCUGGGGUCCAUCUGAGCAGGAAGUCUCCGCCCAACGGCAAAGACCGGAUACAGCAAAAAUCGCAGCCUUUUGCCAAAAGGCAAGGGAAGCCCGCAUCGACUAUGCCUGGGUCGAUACCUGCUGCAUCAACAAAACCGACCCGGUCGAGCUCAACCAUGCCCUCAACUCCAUGUUUCUGUGGUAUCGUGAGUCAGUAGUCUGCUGUACCUACAUAUCGGAUGUCAGGAACUCCGGCGAUGCCGGCUUUGCUGCGUUGCACCAUAGUAGAUGGUUUACGCGUGGAUGGACAUUGCAGGAGCUGUUGGCCCCAUUGCACAUGGUCUUUUUCAACUCCCACUGGGAUGAAAUCGGCACCAAGGCCAGUCUGCAGAGGAUCAUCAGCCAGGUGACGGGAAUCCCAAGCGGGGUUGUGCUGUUCAACGACCCGACAGCCAGCGUUGCGCAGCGGAUGUCGUGGGCGAGCGGCAGACAGACAAGCCGACUGGAAGACCGUGCCUACAGCCUGAUGGGACUGUUUGGAGUCCACAUGCCCAUGAUCUACGGCGAGGGGGAGAUGGCCUUUCAGAGAUUGCAGCUGGAGAUCAUGAAGGUGUCUAGUGACCAGACGCUGUUCGCUCGGACGACCAGAAAUCCCGAGUUGCGGCGGAGAAUUGAAGAUGCGAGACCUUUAACCAGCGACGAAAAAAAAUCAGCUCGAGCAAACCCCACCCACAGACGAUAG